UUCUCUUCCCCUUUCGCACCAAUUCCUGGUGCGCCCGGCCCAGCACGCCCUUUACGCAUGCUGCCUGCGCUGUCUCGCUCUGUCGCACUCGCGCACACAAACACAGACACACGGCACCGUGUCUCUGCUGGCAGCGAACGCACUGGGUGUCCCCAUCCGUCAGACGGCCAUUGAAAUUUUCCUUCGCUGGUGCGCGCUGCUGUCGUGUGGUCAGUGUGUGGAGUCUCCGAAACAGAGUGUGUGCGUGUUUUUUUUCCCUUCUUCUGCCCCGUGCGUGACGACGACGACGACGGUGCGUUGCGGUACUGUGCUGGGCCGGGUCGUGGAAGAGGUACCAGCCAAAAUCAGCCAGGAAAAGAAAACAGACGCAACACACGCACGCACACAUACGGUCUCGGGUGAGAACCUGAUUUGGGAUAAUUGAAGCCACCUCCAGGGCGGACAGUGUUUCCAAAGCAAAAAAAGGGCAACACAACCUAAGAAGGGAACGGUGCUGCCCAUUUUGCUUCAACUCUAAAUUGUGCGUUUGUGUUUGUGCCUGUGUGUGUGCGCGUCUGUGCGCCAGAUAUAGAAGUGGUGAGCAAAGGGAAAAUAAGAAACAUUGUGUGUGUGUGUGUGUGGGUAGAUAACAGUCAGUCGGGUCGUGCCGUUCCACACCGGACCAGCAACGGUGGGGUGCAACGUCCAUCCACCGUCAUCCAUCAGCAGCAGCAGCAGCAAGAUUAUCCCCGGGAACGGGCGGCAGGCGGCGAUUCGGACGAAACAUUCCUCCCACCGCGUGCCGAAGCAGCAGUAGCAGCGACAGACCAGAACAGCGGAAGAGUGUAUGUGUGUGUGUGUGAUAAAAGAUAGAAAAAGCGCGUAAGGGCGCACACCGUGCAAGUGCAAGAAACCCGUGUAUUAGCGCGUGUGAAAGAGAGAGAGAGAGAGAGAGGCCCACACAUACUCACGGAGAGGGACGGAACUUUGCCUCAGCUAUCAGUAUUUCGAUACGGGUCCGCCUCUAUCGGAGGUCGGAUUUGCGUCCACACAGCAGCACAGCUUUGCUGUUUGUUUUCUUUAUUUUUUUUGUUAACUUGACCAGAGGCAACAGUUUUGGCGACCAUCAACACUCUGCAAACACACAGACAUACACACCGGUUUAAUCCAGGAGGUGGUCCGGCCCUCACCCGCCGCUUGCAUGACGCGAACGUUCCAGUAAGUCCCUCCUUGCCCGGGGACCCGCAACAAUCAAUCGAACCAAUUGCCAAAAAUCACUAAAAACGGAAACCAACCCCCGUUCGAGGUACGACAAACACCGCUCCUUAUCAAUCAACCCCUUUUCGGUGCGGGAAAGGAGGGAGAGCAGCGGACGAAGCAGCCGCUCCAGGCGGGCACUUAGUGUGUUGCGAAAAUGCCGAAAUGUGACGUAAAGACGAGAUACAUCCCUGCCACCUUCGCCUGGACCCUGCUGCUCAGCACCACCUUCCUGUUUUUUUGGUACCCAUGUCGCCAGUUCUACAUCCACCGGCAUCCGUGGGUGCCGGCCUACCAGGCCGUCAUCACCUUCUUCGUGAUCGCCAACUUUACGCUGGCAACGUUUAUGGACCCGGGCGUGAUACCGAAGGCACCACCAGACGAAGACCGGGAGGAUGAGUUUCGGGCGCCGCUGUACAAGAAUGCCGAAAUCAAUGGCAUUACCGUGCGGAUGAAAUGGUGCGUCACGUGUAAAUUCUACCGGCCGCCACGCUGCUCCCACUGCUCCGUGUGCAACCACUGCAUCGAGACGUUUGACCAUCACUGCCCGUGGGUGAACAACUGUAUCGGCCGGCGGAACUAUCGGUUCUUUUUCUUCUUCCUCAUCUCGCUGUCGGUGCACAUGCUGAGCAUCUUCUCGCUGUCGCUCGUGUACGUGCUGCAGAAGGAGAAGGACAAGCUGACGGAGGUGGAACCGAUCGUGGCCAUGAUACUGAUGGCCAUCGUAACGCUGCUCGCCAUACCGAUCUUCGGGCUGACCGGCUUCCACAUGGUGCUGGUGUCGCGCGGUCGCACCACGAACGAGCAGGUGACCGGCAAGUUCAAGGGCGGCUACAAUCCGUUCUCGCGCGGCUGCUGGAACAACUGCUGCUACACCCAGUGCGGCCCACAGUACCCGAGCUUGCUCAAGCCGCAAAAGUAUGUGGCCCGCCGCUCGAACAAGGAAAACCAAUCGAUCAGCACCAUCACCAACGACGGUGGUCCCGGUGGUGGUGGUGGUGACGCUGCCGGCUCGGGCCGCCGGCACAUGCCGACCGGUGGACCCGGCUCCCAGCAGCAGCAGCAGCAGCAGCAGCAACAGCAGGCACUGAAUCAGGGUGGUGGCAUCUACGAUAAUAACCGGCACACGCAGGUAAAAACCUAUAUGGAUCAUGGAAAUGGUCACGGUAUACGUACAGUUGGAUCCAGUCAUUACAGUAAGUCCGCGGCGGAUUACGUGCAUCUCGUAUCAUCCCAUUCCGUCUCGCUAAAGGCACUCACGCAGGGCACCAGUGCGGACGAGCUGUCUCCGGGUCGCGAGUGCUCCGACAUCGACAUGGAACCGCAGGCCUCCCAGAGCCGGGACUGCGAGCCGACGCCGCCGCUGCAGCGCCACGGCUCCAAGAGCAACUUCUUCCUGCCACCGCUCGACGGUCCCGGCGGCAUGGUGUCCCAGGUGGGUAGCGGGGGCGACUCGCCGCGCCAGCAGCAGCAGCACAUGCGCAUGUACCAUCCGCGGCAUAGUCCGCAUCCGCGGCAGCGCGGGCUCGAUCCGUCGCGCAGCUUCACGCCCGAAGGACUGUCGCCCGACCAUCCCGGUGGACCCGGCGGUCCACCGCCGAUGAUUACGAUACAGUCCCAGCAGCAGCAGCAGCAGCAGCAACAGCAGCCACGUGGAGGAGGUCCUCCAUCGUCGGCUACUCCGACCAUGCAGCAACGCAUCAAGGCGCUCGGUGUCGCCACACCCCUAGCCAUGUCCAGUCCCGUGCGAAGAUCGAACCCGGGCACACCGACGCAACCGAGAAGGCCCGACUUUAUCAGCGUUGGACAGCAGCAGCAGCAGCAGCAGCUCGGUGGGAGCGGCACCAUGACCGGCAACUAUUACGACUUCCCGCUCCAGCCCCAGCAGCAGCAGCAGCAGCAGCAGCAGCAACUUCCACCACAGUCGAUGGCACUGCACCAGACAACAGGUCUUCCCCCCCAGCAUCCGUACCAUCAGCAGCAGCAGCAGCAGCAGCAGCAGUACCCGAUGGCAGUGCACCAUAAUGGCGGACUCGCCGGCCCGGGAGGCCAGCCGUCCCAGCAGCAGCUGCAGCAGCAGCAGGCGCUCAGGGGCAGCAAUGCCGGACCGUCGGUCGUGUACCAUCACGGCAGCCCGCAGCGCCGGUACCUGUCCGAGGGCGAGCUCGUCCGGCAGGGGGCGGAGCUGUCGUACGCCCGCAACAACCAAACGUCGGACAACAUCCGCGAGCUGGCCGGCAGCCCGCAGCGGGGCGUCUACCUCUGGAAGGAUACGUCGCCCGGCUUCAAUCAGCCGAACGGCGGGCCCCAGCAGCAGCAGCAGCAGCCGCCGCCCUCGGUCUACCAGAACACGCCCAGCCCGACGGCACCGCACCAGCAGCAGCAGCAGCCCCUGCCCCAGUCCAUGGCCCCGUUCGGCACGGUCAGUGCCGCCCGGUACCAGCUCCAGCAGCAAAGCAGCCUAGCGAACGCCGGCGGCGGGCUCGGGGGCGGCUCCGGCGGCCUCGGCGCCUACCAUCCGGCGCUCCGGGGCGGCGUGCCCGUCUUCCCGCCCCAGCCACCGAUGCAGCAGCAGCAGCAGCAGCAGCCGCCGCUUGGCCAGCAGCAGCUGAACGGGCCCGGUGCGGCCGGCGGCGCCGGUCCCCAGGCACCGUCCCCGUCGAUCAAGCGGAAAGCCACCCCGACGCGGCCGAUGUCGUUCGUGCGGGCGCUCGAAAUGACCGACUCGAUGGAGCUGGGCGGCGCACCGGCCGGGCCGGCCAACGCGAACGGUGCCAGCGCGAAUGGGCCGACCGCCAGCGUCGCUGCAGCCGCCGCCGCCAACGCCACCAACACCUCACCGCCCGAUCAGCGCGCCAGCGUGUAUGACAUGAACUACGAGAUUUCAGUGUAGGCGAGCGGCACUUAACACGGCAACAUCACACAGAUGUGGCGGAAGCGCAACAAAACUGCUGCAACAAAAAGCAACAA